AAGUUUCAGUUUUUACUCAUCAUAACUAGGACACUACAUUUUUACUUGAAUUCUUCCAAUACAAAUAUCUGCAAUUUUAGCAGUGAAGAGCUUCUCUAAUGCUAAAUUUGGUCAGAACAAGAACUCAGCCCAGGUCUAAUAGAUCUAUGCCUUUAGUAGCCAUGGAUUAUGCAGAUCCAAAGAAGAAGAACAAUUUUGUGGGUAAAAUUCUUAUGGCUGCUAUACUGACUGCACUAUGCAUUCUUAUGCUCAAACAGUCCCCUGAUUUUAAUCCCCCAACCUCAUUCUCUCGUCAUGAACCAGGUGUCGCUCAUGUCUUAGUCACUGGAGGUGCUGGCUAUAUUGGAUCUCAUGCAGCAUUACGUCUUCUAAAAGAUUCUUACCGCGUGACCAUAGUGGACAACCUUUCACGAGGAAAUUUAGGUGCUGUUAGGAUUCUACAAGAAUUAUUUCCUGAACCUGGCAGGUUUCAGUUCAUAUAUGCUGAUUUGGGGGAUGCCAAAGUGGUGCACAAGAUAUUCUCCCAAAAUGCAUUUGAUGCGGUCAUGCAUUUUGCAGCUGUAGCAUAUGUUGGCGAGAGCACCCUUGAUCCUCUUAAGUAUUAUCACAACAUCACAUCAAACACCCUCACUGUACUAGAAGCAAUGGCAACUCAUGGAGUCCCAACAUUAAUUUACUCUAGUACAUGUGCAACAUAUGGAGAACCUGAAAAGAUGCCGAUUACAGAAGAAACUCCACAGCUGCCUAUUAAUCCAUAUGGAAAAGCAAAGAAAAUGGCGGAGGAAAUCAUCCUAGAUUUUCACAAGAACUCAAACAUGUCUGUCAUGAUUUUGAGAUACUUCAAUGUUAUUGGUUCUGAUCCAAAUGGAAGACUAGGAGAAGCUCCGCGACCUGAACUACGGGAACAUGGCCGGAUAUCUGGUGCUUGUUUUGAUGCAGCUCGUGGAAUCAUACCUGGGCUUAAGGUAAGAGGAAUAGACUAUAAGACAGCAGACGGUACCUGCAUAAGGGAUUAUAUAGACGUGACCGAUCUGGUUGAUGCUCAUGUUAAAGCUCUUGAGAAGGCAAGGCCAGGGAAAGUUGGGAUCUAUAAUGUUGGAACAGGAAGAGGCAGGUCAGUGAAAGAAUUUGUGGAGGCUUGUAAGACUGCAACUGGAGUACCUAUCAAAGUUGACUUCCUUCCCCGUAGGCCUGGUGAUUAUGCAGAAGUUUACAGUGAUCCAACUAAGAUUAGGAAUGAACUGAACUGGACAGCCAAAUACACUGAUCUUCAAGAGAGUUUGCAGAUUGCAUGGAGAUGGCAGAAGUCACAUCUUAAUGGUUAUGGUCUAUCCGUGGCGGUGGCAACAUCCUGAUGAUGCUCUAUUAACUUAUUGUUGCGGAAGACUGACUUGAACCUGGUGUCACAGCUUAACUUAACAUCGAAUUAUUAGUAUCCAUAAAGUACAGCUUUCAAGACCAAUGGGGGGGAUGAUGUGUAUUGUGACAAUAGGCAGCAGUCUAUUUACCCAUUUGUUAUGUGUAUUUAGUGAGAGGGAUAUUUCAAAUCAAUAAUAGUUCCCAUUCAG